AAUGCCAUUUUUAAUUGUUUUUAUUUAUUGUAUCCUUUAUCAUCCUGAACUUCCUACUUAUAAUUCAAUAGCCUUAAAGUGAACGUAUACGGGUCGCAGUGUUUAGCCGUUUAAGUGGCUGGUCGCACAUUUAACGGCCGGGCUAGACGUCACGCUUGCUUUUGUGUCAACAGGGGGCAGUGUUGUAUGACUUUGCAGUAUUGAACAAGACUCGUCUUACUUGAAAUCCUUUGGGGGUCGUUUAAUUUCGAAAAUUUGGCCAGCAAAUACAAGCGAAUGUUUCAACUAACUUACAGAGAAGCGCUUCCCCUGUUUGUCAAAUUAAUAAAAACAGCGAUGCGGACGCAGGGGCCCCGUCCUCUGGUGGAGGUGGUCCGCCUGGGCCUGCUGCCCUACCGGGAGGCUCUAGGUGUCCAAGAGGCGUACAUCAAGCGGUGCCAGGCGGGCGCCGGCGCCUUCCACGCGCUGCUGCUGUGCCAGAACCCGCCCGUCUACACCACCGGCAUCCGGCAUAAGGGCCGCCCCCCUGCCGAGCUGGAGCGCCUGUGUCUGCUGGGGGCGGAGGUCCACAACACCAACCGAGGAGGUCUGAUCACCUUCCACGGCCCAGGACAGCUGGUCUGCUACCCGGUCCUGCACCUGGGCGCCUUCAAGAAGAGCGUCCGCUGGUACGUGUCCCGGCUGGAGCAGACGGCCAUUUUGGCCUGCGCGAGCUUGGGCGUGGAGGCAUCCGUGGCUCCUCACACCGGGGUUUGGGUCGGAGACAACAAGAUCUGCGCUAUCGGCAUCCGCUGCUCUCGCUACGUGACGUCGCACGGCCUGGCGCUCAACUGCGACACCGACUUGACGUGGUUCGGUCACAUUGUCCCAUGCGGCCUGGAGGGGAAGGGCGUGACCUCGCUGAGCGCCGAACUGCGGCGCCGCCUGACCGUGGAGGAGGCCGUCCCGCACGUGCUGCGCGCGUUCGCCCGCAACUUUGGCUGCCAGCUGCUGGACGACGGCCGCGCGGCGCUCGGCGGCUGAAGCGAUACACUGGAAAAGGUCGACGCCGGUUCAAAUCCAAAUCCAUCUGGAGCAGGGCUGGGAAAUGAAUUUUGAGAGAAAGUGAGCUGGGCCAACAAAGAGCAGACUGCCUUGUCUGGAUAAAUUGCUACGCAUGUACAAUAUGUUGUGUGUAUUGUUGCAGUUUGGAAAGUAAAAAUCGCUACGCAUGUACAAUAUGCCGUGUAUUGUUGCAGUUAGGAAAAGGAAAAUUAAAGACCAAAAUCAUAUAA